UCUCAUGUCUCCCCGAGCAAGUUGAGGUUGAGCUGCAGAGCCUGACCUUCAACAUGCCUUUCGAAUUCCUCUGCACACAGAUUAGAUAAGGGUUGGGUUUUGUGUUGUUGUUAUGUGGUUUUUCUCUCCCCCCAUUGGAAACUCUGCCAAUUACUUUAGAACUCCUUAUUUAGUGCGCAAGUGCGCGAGUCAGAUUAUUUCAGUUUUGCAACGAGAAGUUGGAGUUGAUCUCUUCCCUCAGAACAACUGCUAGUUGGUGGUGGUCAACAGAAGUCUUGACAUAGACAUUAGCAAGGAAGGUUCUUGCUGAGACUCGCAUAGAAAAGCUCAAAGGAAAAAAGAAAAGCCCAAAGGAAAAAUUGGGAGAACUCAUUUCAGCAUGAAGCUACAAGAUGGAAGAAGUACAUUUAACUCAAACAAAUUCUGCCCCUUGACCAACAGGUGCAGGAAGAUUUUACUCCCAAUAACUGCAUCUCCUGCGACAGGAAUAUGGCUCCUCCGAGCACAGCUUCCUCUCCUGCUGCUGUUUGCUGGCCUGCAGAGACCCACGGCUGCAAUUAAAAUCAACUUUGACUUGGCACCAGAUUCCUUUGACGAUCAAUACCAAGGCUGCAGCCAACAGGUCAUGGAGGAGCUAGGUCAAGGGGAUUAUGUCACAGAAGAAAUAGAAGCCCAGGGAAAUCAUUACAAGGCCUGGACUAAUGCCCAUUUAAACUGGCUAACCCAAGGUAAAGCUCUCCCUACGAACAUGACGAUCACACAUGCUGUGGCCAUCUUGGUUUACACACUGAACAACAAUGUGCGCUCUGAAUUCACUAGAGCCAUGGCCAGCGAUGCCAGGUCUCCAUGGCAAUAUGAACAUUCAUUCCAUUUCAAAUACCUACAUUACUACCUGACCUCAGCAAUCCAGUUGCUGAGAAAAGGGAUUCCCAUGACGAAUGACUCUCUGUGCUACCAAGUGCAUCAUGAGGCCGAUUUCUACUUGAAAGCCUACAUAGGUGCCACUCUUCGAUUUGGCCAAUUUCUGCCUGCCUCCCUCCUAAGAAAAGAGGCACAGGAGCCUGGGAACCAAACUCUUUUUACCAUAUUUACCUGCCUGGGUGCACCUGUACGAAACUUCUCUCUCAGGGAGGAGGUUCUGGUCCCUCCCUAUGAGUUGUUUGAAGUUGUAAAUAUGAGCUACCACCCAAGAGGAAAUUGGUUGCAGUUGAGGUCAACUGGAAAUCUGAGCAUAUAUAACUGUCAGCUGCUAAAAGCUUCCAGCAUAAAGUGCAUCCCUGUUCCUGUAGUUAUUGCUGCCCUCUCCUUUUUGAUCAUUGUCACCAUCUCUUUAAAAAGUGGAGUAUAAAAAAACUUUGCCAUUUUACUUUUCCUGAACCAUUUGGCUUUAUUCCAGUCAGUGCACCCUGUAUAUCCUUGCAGAAUAACUCUGUGUCCUCCACCCCCAUCAGCUAAUGCAGAGCUGACUCAGCCUACUGCCUAUGAGUAAGCCUGUAACUCAGUAUGUUUCUUCUCCGUGUUCACAGAGAUCAUGCUGGAGUAGAAAAUGGCACAAUCAAGAGUUGAUGGGAUAAAUUCAGGACACUUCUUUGCUUUGGGGAAUUGGAUAGGGCCUUUUUUUUUUUUUGUGGAGAUUAAUACCUUCCUGAGAAUGGAGCUAACACAGUAAAGGAAGAGCUAAGAAAUG